AUGGCUUUUAAUUUUUUAUUUUCUUCCUGUACUUUUUGUCAAACCCCCCACCUUCUACUUGCUGCUUGUUUAAUUGCUUCUGUAACAAAAGGUUUUCGAUGGCAUUUACAUGCAAGAGUAUUAUUUCACUUAAUUUCUGGUUUGAUUCUCCUAUUUUUGCCACAAUUACUACAUGGACCUAUGAUUGCUGGUGGCUCUUUUGAUAAUUUACAUUUAACAUUACAACGCUACACCGCUCCCUUUCAUCUUGGUUUUGCAUUCUUUCAUUAUAAAAAUUCUUUUAAUUCUCACAAUGCUAUAAUUGCUAUAAAUCCCGUUAUUUUGUUCUCGAAAGUUUUAGUCGCUGCUUUUUUACUUAUUAAUAAAUUCCUCACUGCCUAUUUAUUGUAUGAACAAAAAGCUAGAGGGCAACGUGUCUCACAAAAUUUUUUGUCUUGUUCUUUUCUCGUUGAUGGGAUUUGGCUUAUUGUGGAAUUUUAUUUUUUAAUUAAUUCUUCAAAACGUUCAAUUAGUGAAGAGAUUGAGAUAAUGUGUGCCCGUACUCGUUGUUGGAUGGAUUUUGGGUAUCCAGGAUUUGGCCCACAAAGAGUAUUUUUCUGGAUUGAUGCUACAAUAUUUUUCUUUUAUUCAUUUUUUCAAUUUGCAUUUUCUGGACUUUUAUUGAAUACAAUUAUCCGCCGCGAAAUAUUAAUUGCUGGAUUACACGAAAUGUAUGCUAGAGAAUUUGCUGUUUAUUGUUUAGGGAUUGCUAUAUGUUCUCUAGCUGCUCCCAUUCAAUUUGCCUUAACACAACAAAAACAAUAUGCUGAGCAACGAAUUUUGGUUGGAAAAUUAUUUAAUUUUAAAAAUAAAAUUGUAUAUGUUGAAAAACGAAGGGUCUAA